AUGCCCCCCACUCUCUCUCUCUCUCUCUCUCUCUCUCUCAAAUAUUGGUUUUUCUAUUUACCUUAUGCUUCAUGUAUUAGGCGCAUUGCUACAAUUCAUUCGUCUUUCUUUCCCAAGACUACAGACUAUCCGUUUAUCCUUCCUUUACGCCAUCGAUUCGUUAUAUUUAUUUGUGACGAAGCCAUUUCUGUUUUUCUGUCUUUUUCGUAUUCUCUUUCUCCUUUUUCAUUCUUUCUUUUUUUUUUUUCCAAUUCUUCUUUUUUUUCUUUCUUUCUUUUUUCUUUCUUUCAAUUUCUUUUCUUUCUUCCUUUUUUUUUCUUCCUUUCCCCUUUCCUUUUUCUUUUAUUCCUUCUUUCUUUCUUUCUUUUUCCUUCCUUCCUUUUCUCCCUUCCUUUUCUUUUCCAUUUCUUUCUUUCUUUUUUCUUUCUUUCUUUUUAUCAUUUUUAUUGCACUUUCAUUUUUUUCUUUUCUUUCCAUUUAUUUUCAAUUUAUCUUUCUUUUUAUCUUUUUCUUCUUUUAAUUUUUCCUAGUACCUGUUCUGCAACCAUUAUUCUCUUCUUCUUUUCUUUUCUUUUUCCUUCCUUCUUUUUUUUUUUUUUCUUCUUCUUCCUUCCUUUUUUCUUCCUUCUCUUCCUUUUCUUCGGUGUCUUUCCUUCCUUCAUCUUUUUUUCUUCUCCUUUCUCUUCUUCUUUUUUCCUUCUUUUUUCUUUCCCUUUUUUUUCUUUCUUUCAUCAUUUUCUUCUUUUCCUUUUUUUUCUUUUCCUUUUUCUUUCUUUCUUUUCUUAUCAUUUUUUUUUUCUCCUUCUUUUCUUUUCCUUCUAUUUCUUUUUUCCAUUUUCUUUUCAUUCUUCUUUUUUUUCUUUUCUUUCUUUUUUUUCCUUUCUUUUCUAUUCUUUCUUCUUUCUUUUUUCAUUUUUUCUUUCUAAUUUUUCUUCUUCUGGUAUUAUACCUUUUUCCUUCUUUUUCUUUCUCCUUUUUUUUUUCUGCUUCUCACCUUCUUUUUCCUUCUUUUCUUUCUCUAUAAAAGUUCUGCAGAUUCUUUCAUUUUCCUUCUUUUCUUUUUCUUUUUUUCUUCUUUCUGUUUUUUCUUCCUCUUUUUCUUUUUUUCUUCUUCUUCUUCUUCGUUUUUUCCUUCUUUUUUCUUUUCCUUCUUUUUCUUCUUCUUCUUUCAUCUUUUUUUCCUUCUUUUUUUUCUUCUUCUUUUUUUUUCUUCUUUCUUUUUCUUCCUUUUUUUUUCUCCUUCUUUUUUCUUCUUCUUCUCAUUCUUCUUCUUUUUCCUUCUUUUUCUUUCUUUCUUUUCUUCUUUCUUCUUCUGCUUUUCAUUCUUCUUUCUCAUUCUUCUUCUUUUUUUCUUUUUUUCCCUUCUUUUCCUUCUUUUCUUUUCCUUCUUUUUUUCUUCUUCUGCUUCUCAUUCUUCUUCUUUUUCCUUCUUUUUCUUUCUCCUUCUUUUUCUUCUUCUGCUUCUCAUUCUUCUUCUUUUUCCUUCUUUUUCUUUCUCCUUCUUUUUCUUCUUCUGCUUCUCAUUCUUCUUCUUUUUCCUUCUUUUUCUUUCUCCUUCUUUUUCUUCUUUUUUCUUUUCUCCUUCUUUUUCUUCUUCUUUUCUUCUUCUUCUUUCCUUCUUUUUCUUCUCUUUUUUCUUCUUCUCUUCUCAUUCUUCUUCUUUUCUUCUUUUCUUUCUCCUUCUUUUUUUCUGCUUCUCAUUCUUCGUAUUUUCUUCUUUUUUCUUUCCUUCUUUUCUUUUCUGCUUCAUCCUUCUUUUUUUCUCCUUCUUUUUCUUCUUCUGCUUCUCAUUCUUCUUCUUUUUCCUUCUUUUUCUUUCUCCUUCUUUUCUUCUUCUUUUCAUUCUUCUUCAUUCUUCUUCUUUUUUCUUUUCCUUCUUCUUUUUCUCAUUCAUCUUCUUUUCCUUCUUUUUUCCUUUUUUCUUCUUCUGCUUCUCAUUCUUUGUAUUUUCAUUUUUUUUUCUCCUUCUUUUCCUUCUUUUUCUUUUCUUUUCCUUCUUUUCUUUCUCCUUCUUUUUUUUCUUCUGCUUCUCAUUCUUCAUUUUUUCCUUCUUUUUUUCUCCUUCUUUUUCUUCUAUUUCUUUCUCAUUCUUCUUCUUUUUUUUCUUUUUUUCUCCUUCUUUUUUCUUCUGCUUCUCAUUCUUCUUUUUUCCUUCUUUUUCUUUCCUUCUUUUUUGACUUUUCUGCUUCUCAUUCUUCUAUCUGUCUGUGCUCCUCUCUCUCUUUCUCUCUCUCUCUCUUUCUUUCUCUCUCUCUUUCUCACUCUCUCUCUCUCUCUCUCUCUUACUCUCUCACUCUGUCGCGCAUUACUAGUCACAACCUCUCUAACAACUUAUUUAUUCACUCUUCUCCUCUCUCUCUCUCUCUCUUCCUCUCCCCCUCUCUUUCUCUUCCCCACUCAGAGAGAGUAUUUCUCUGUCGUUCUCUUUCUCUCUUUCUUUUUCUCUUUUUUCCCACUCUCUUUCUCUAUCGCUUUCAUUCGCUCUCUCUCACUGAUGAAUAUGUUUCUCUAUAG